AGGUGAAAUGAGACGCGGGUGGUUGGUUUCGCUUCGAGCCCCGCCCAUUUAUCUCAUCCCCUCCUCAUCCACUCCACCACCACACUUCUCACACUUCUCACUCUCCACAAACUCCUCCUUCUCCCUCAUCACACUUUCUCUCUCUAAAACUCAACCCCCACUCCUCUCUCUCUCAUCGCUCUCUGUCUCUGCGCCUGCUUCCAACAAUGGCUCUGCAGUCGGUGACGCCGAUUGCUCAGCUUCUUCACUGCUCCAGCAAUGGCCGCUCCCCCGCCACCCAGCCGCCCCGGAACGGACUCUUCGUCGUCGAUUUCGUCGGCUUGUGCGGUAAAUCGAAGCGGACUCGCAGGAAAUUCGGAGCCGCCUCCGACCAUCGCAUCUUCCCUCAUUUCGUCUCCAGGAACUGCCACUCGGUCAACGCCGUUCUUGACGUCGGACGCAGCAGCGACGCCGCUGCCUCGGAUCAAUCAGCUCCGAUGACUCCUGAUUUAAAACCUAAGGUUGCAGACUUGCAAGAUAUAAUAUCAGAAAGAGGAGCUUGUGGAGUUGGAUUUAUUGCCAAUUUGGAAAACAAAGCAUCCCAUGGCAUUGUUGAAGAUGCUCUAACAGCCCUUGGCUGCAUGGAACAUCGUGGGGGCUGUGGAGCAGAUAAUGACUCUGGUGAUGGUUCGGGAUUGAUGAGUUCAAUCCCCUGGGAUCUAUUUGACAAUUGGGCUAACAAGCAAGGAAUUGCUUCCUUUGACAAGUUGCACACCGGUGUUGGAAUGGUUUUCCUACCACAAGAUGACAACCUUAUGAAAGAAGCCAAAAAUGUUGUUGUGAAUAUUUUUAGACAAGAGGGUCUUGAAGUGCUUGGAUGGAGACCUGUUCUGAAGUACUUCUUAGUUGGAGUUGAUCCAAGCAUACAACAGGUAUUUGUUAAAGUUGUUAAAGAGGAAAAUGUUGAGGACAUUGAAAGGGAACUGUACAUAUGCCGAAAGUUGAUCGAGAGAGCAUCAAGCUCAGAAAGUUGGGGGGAAUGAGUGAGCUUCAUUCUUUCUGGAAUCAAAGUUCUUGGUUUAUUUUAUUCUGACCUCCAAAGUGACCUGUAUAAAUCCCCUUUUGCCAUCUAUCAUCGGAGGUAUAGCACAAAUACCACUCCCAGGUGGCCCCUUGCACAACCAAUGAGGUUACUUGGUCACAAUGGAGAGAUUAAUACCAUACAGGGAAACUUGAACUGGAUGCAAUCUCGUGAAAUCAUUGAAAUCUGUAUGAAAUGCUUGGUUCCUCAGCUGAUUCAGGCUCAAUUGCUCAUCUUCUUUUGUUUCUUAUUAAGAAGUGGCCGCAGUGCUGAGGAGGCUCUAAUGAUUCUUGUCCCAGAGGGAUACAAAAAUCACCCGACUUUGUCGGUAAAAUAUCCUGAGGUGAUUGAUUUUUAUGACUAUUACAAGGGUCAGAUGGAGGCUUGGGAUGGACCUGCUUUACUGUUAUUCAGUGAUGGAAAAACAGUUGGGGCCUGUCUUGACCGGAAUGGUCUUCGCCCGGCUAGGUAUUGGAGGACAUCUGAUAAUGUUGUAUAUGUUGCAUCUGAGGUUGGUGUUGUACCUGUGGAUGAUUCUAAAAUUACAAUGAAAGGUCGUCUAGGUCCUGGAAUGAUGAUAGCUGCUGAUUUAAUAAGUGGUCAGGUUUAUGAGAACACGGAAGUUAAAAAGCGUGUAGCUUUGUCAAAUCCAUAUGGAAAGUGGCUACAGGAAAACAUGCGAUCGUUGAAGGCUGCGAACUUCCUUUCAGCCACAGUUGCAGAAAAUGAUGCAAUACUAAGACGGCAACAGGCAUUUGGCUACUCCAGUGAGGAUGUACAAAUGGUUAUUGAGACUAUGGCUUCACAAGGGAAGGAGCCAACAUUUUGUAUGGGUGACGAUAUUCCAUUGGCAAUAUUAUCUCAGAGGCCACAUAUGCUUUAUGACUAUUUCAAGCAACGGUUUGCACAGGUUACAAAUCCAGCCAUUGAUCCUCUUCGAGAAGGUUUAGUUAUGUCUCUUGAAAUCAACAUUGGAAAGCGACAAAAUAUUUUGGAGGUUGGACCUGAAAAUGCAUCGCAGGUUAUCUUGUCUAGUCCUGUUCUGAAUGAAGGAGAACUUGAUUUGUUGCUAAAGGAUGCCAAGUUGAAACCCCAAGUUUUACCUACAUUUUUUGAUAUCCAUAAAGGGGUUGAUGGUUCCUUGGAAAAGACUCUAUAUAGGCUUUGUGAAGCUGCUGAUGAAGCUGUUCAAAAUGGUUGCCAACUGCUUGUGCUUUCUGAUCGGGCUGAUGAGCUGGAGGCAACUCGACCUGCAAUUCCCAUCCUUCUUGCUGUUGGUGCUGUUCAUCAGCAUCUUAUUCAAAAUGGCUUGAGAAUGUCAGCUUCUAUCAUAGUAGACACUGCUCAGUGUUUUAGCACUCACCAGUUUGCCUGCUUGAUUGGAUAUGGUGCAAGUGCUAUUUGUCCAUACUUGGCAUUAGAGACGUGUCGGCAAUGGCGUCUGAGUGCUAAAACUGUAAAUUUAAUGCGUAAUGGGAAGAUGCCUACUGUAACAAUUGAACAGGCUCAAAAGAAUUUCUGCAAGGCUGUUAAAGCUGGUCUUCUUAAAAUUCUUUCCAAAAUGGGCAUCUCGUUGCUUUCAAGUUAUUGUGGUGCACAGAUAUUUGAGAUCUAUGGAUUGGGGAAGGAGGUUGUUGAUCUUGCAUUUUGUGGAAGUAUAUCUUGUAUUGGUGGAUUAACUUUUGAUGAGCUUGCAAGGGAGACUUUGUCCUUCUGGGUGAAGGCUUUCUCUGAGGAUACAGCUAAAAGACUUGAAAAUUUUGGAUUUAUACAAUUCAGGCCAGGAGGGGAGUAUCAUGGAAACAACCCAGAGAUGUCAAAAUUGCUCCACAAAGCUGUCCGCCAAAAAAAUGAAAGUGCUUUUUCAGUUUAUCAACAGCAUUUAGCUAACCGACCUGUAAAUGUUCUUCGUGAUCUUGUUGAGUUCAAAAGUGAUCGUACUCCAAUUCCUGUUGGAAAAGUUGAACCUGCUGUAUCCAUUGUUCAACGGUUCUGCACUGGUGGGAUGUCACUUGGAGCUAUUUCAAGAGAAACUCACGAGGCUAUUGCCAUUGCAAUGAAUAGAAUAGGUGGAAAGUCCAAUUCUGGAGAAGGUGGUGAGGAUCCUAUUCGUUGGAAACCACUUACAGAUGUCGUUGAUGGAUACUCUCCCACCCUUCCACAUCUUAAGGGUCUUCAAAAUGGAGAUACUGCUACAAGUGCUAUCAAGCAGGUUGCUUCAGGACGUUUUGGUGUCACUCCAACCUUCUUGGUCAAUGCUGAUCAGCUGGAAAUUAAAAUUGCACAAGGUGCGAAGCCCGGUGAAGGUGGCCAAUUGCCUGGUAAAAAAGUCAGUGCAUAUAUUGCGAGGUUGAGAAAUUCUAAACCAGGGGUUCCACUUAUAUCUCCACCUCCACACCAUGACAUUUAUUCCAUAGAGGAUCUUGCCCAAUUGAUCUAUGAUCUUCAUCAGGUGAACCCUAAAGCUAAGGUGUCAGUAAAGCUUGUGGCAGAAGCUGGAAUUGGCACUGUUGCUUCUGGUGUUGCAAAGGGUAAUGCUGAUGUCAUUCAGAUAUCAGGUCAUGAUGGUGGAACUGGUGCCAGUCCUAUAAGUUCCAUCAAGCAUGCUGGUGGUCCCUGGGAACUGGGACUUACAGAAACACACCAGACACUCAUUUCAAAUGGACUUAGAGAACGAGUUAUUUUAAGAGUUGAUGGCGGCUUUAAAAGUGGAGUCGAUGUCUUAAUGGCUGCAGCAAUGGGUGCUGAUGAAUAUGGAUUUGGUUCUGUUGCAAUGAUUGCUACAGGGUGUGUUAUGGCCCGCAUUUGCCAUACAAAUAAUUGUCCAGUUGGUGUAGCCAGUCAGAGAGAAGAACUGCGUGCUCGAUUUCCUGGAGUCCCUGGUGAUCUUGUCAAUUUUUUUCUAUAUGUUGCUGAGGAGGUAAGAGGUAUGUUAGCACAGUUGGGAUAUGAGAAGUUAGACGAUAUAAUUGGGCAGACAAAUUUACUGAGGCCACGAGAUAUAUCUCUAGUGAAAACUCAGCAUCUUGAUCUCAGUUAUCUUCUCUCAAAUGUUGGGUUACCAAAAUGGAGCAGUACCAUAAUCAGGAACCAAGAUGUUCACACUAAUGGACCUGUUCUGGAUGAUGUUUUACUAGCAGAUCAAGAGAUAUCCGAUGCAAUUGAGAAUGAAAAGGUGGUCCACAAGACCAUAAAGAUAUACAAUGUUGACCGUGCAGUUUGUGGACGUAUAGCAGGCGUGGUUGCCAAAAAAUAUGGUGACACUGGUUUUGCUGGGCAGCUAAACAUAACUUUUCAAGGGAGUGCUGGGCAGUCAUUUGGGUGCUUCUUGACUCCUGGGAUGAACAUUCAACUUGUUGGAGAGGCAAAUGAUUAUGUCGGGAAGAGUAUUUCCGGCGGAGAAUUGGUUGUGACUCCAGUUGAGAAUACUGGGUUUUGCCCGGAGGACGCAACAAUUGUAGGGAAUACCUGCUUGUAUGGAGCCACUGGGGGUCAAAUCUUCAUUAGAGGGAAAGCUGGGGAACGAUUUGCUGUCAGAAACUCACUUGCGCAAGCAGUGGUUGAAGGAACUGGAGACCACUGUCUUGAAUAUAUGACUGGCGGUUGUGUGGUGGUACUUGGAAAAGUCGGUAGAAAUGUUGCUGCUGGAAUGACUGGAGGUUUGGCAUACAUCCUUGAUGAGGACGAUACUUUCAUCCCCAAGGUAAAUAGGGAGAUCGUCAAAAUCCAAAGAGUGAAUGCUCCUGUGGGGCAGAUGCAGCUAAAGAGCCUUAUCAAAGCCCAUGUUGAAAAAACUGGAAGCGGCAAGGGCGCAGCUAUCCUGAAGGAGUGGGACAAAUAUUUACCACUCUUUUGGCAGCUGGUUCCACCUAGUGAAGAAGACACCCCAGAGGCAUGUGCAGAUUAUGAGCAAACAGCUGCAGGUGCGGUGACUUUGCAGUCCGCGUAGAGCAAUACUGGCACACUGGUAUGAAGCCAAUAUAAAAAACCGAAAAGUUUCCGACCUACCUUGUAUAGAUUGUUAUACAGGAAACGCUGCGGACGAAGGGCUACAAAUAGAAAAACGUCAUUUCCUGGAGUCUUAAGAACCUGAUGAUGACAUUCUUUCCGCUAGUGCAGUUGUAUAGCUAGUGAUUAUGGGAGAAAUUGUUAAUUCCAGCUUGUUCGUAUAGUUCUAGUCUUGAUAAAGCUGCUUCUGCUGUUGAUAAUAAAGCUGCUUCUGCUGUUGAUAAUAAAGCUACUUCUGCUGUUGAUAUUGCUAUCUAGUUCAGAGUUUGUAGUUAAGAGUUCCGUCGCUCUUGUGAAAGCUUCGAUGACAGUGCAUUACUUCAGUCCCGUUCCUCGCUUUCUAGUAAUCAAUGAAAUGAAUUUACCUUCAGUCC